GCCACCGCCGGGACGUGAACGCCCUCGUGUCCGUGUAAUGUCGCCGCGGAGGACGCGCAGCUGACCGUGAAUACCGUGGAGCCCGCGGGGUCGUUCGAGAGGAGGUGAGAGCACCUUGCAUCCAGCCAUGGGAGGUCAGAUCACCAGGAAUACCUUCUACGAUUCUCUGAACGGGCCGUUUCCCGCCACGUCCCACCGAUGCCACCACAAGCCGAAGCGCUGCCUGCCCAUCCAGCCGUGUGGAAGUCUGUCCUCCUUCCCUCUCCUCUUCCAUCCCAGCACAAAGGGCUCGCAGAUCGUCAUGGACAUGUCCCAGAGGACUGUGAAGAGACAGGCCAGCUUCUGUAACGCCAUCACCUUCAGCAACAGACCCACUGCCGUGUACGAACAAGUUCGACUGAAGAUCACGAAAAAGCAGUGCUGCUGGAGCGGCGCUCUGCGUCUUGGUUUUACAUCCAAAGACCCAUCGAGGAUCAACCCAGACACUUUGCCAAAGUACGCCUGCCCCGACCUGGUCUCCCAGAGCGGCUUCUGGGCAAAAGCCCUGCCGGAGGAGCUCUCCGACGAGGGAAACGUCAUCUCUUUCUGGGUGGACAAGAAGGGCCGGGUGUUUUACCGCAUCAACGACUCCAGCCCAAUGCUGUUCUUCAGCGGGGUUCAUGUCUCUGGGCCGCUGUGGGCUCUCAUAGACAUCUACGGCCUCACCAGGGGGGUCCAGCUGCUAGACAGCGAGAUGGUGACCCUGGACUGCCUGCGUCCUCGUUCUUUCGCCGCCGCCCACCGGGCCUCCAUUCAGCGGAGCGGCGGCGACCCUCGCCUCUCCGUCAGCCUGUGUGACCUCAGCCUGCGGCAACAGGAGGCGCGUCUGGAGGAAGACGACGAGGAAGAGGAGCGGCUGCAGCGCUCGAGCUCGGCCUCCUGCCACAUCCCCCAGAACUCUCAAAACUCGCAGCAGUGCUCCGUGCUGCCCGGCCGCCUGGACGCCGAUCUGCACUUCCACUCGGUGCGCGGCGUCCACGUGACCGCGCUGGAUAAGCACACGGUGGCGCGGCUGGAUCACCGCGGAGACGAGAGGACCCUGGUGUUCACCAGCCGGCCCGUGCGCUGCUCCGAGACCGUGUUUGUGAAGGUGAAGGCGGGCGCCGGGCGGCCCGGGUCUCUCUCCUACGGCGUGACGUCAUGUGACCCGGCCACCCUGAGGCCCAGUGACCUCCCGUCCGACCCGGAGUCCCUGGUCGACCGCAAGGAAUUCUGGGCCGUGUGCCGGGUGUCGGCGCCGCUCCACAGCGGAGACAUCUUGGGCUUCGUGGUGAACGCGGAGGGCGAGGUGAUGAUGAGCCACAACGGCGUCGGUGCAGGGAUGCAGCUGUGUGUCGAUAACUCCAGGCCCCUGUGGAUGUUCUACGGUCUGCACGGCGCCUUCACGCAACUCAGGAUUUUAGGCUCAUCGCCGCAUCCGGAUGUACGAGGCGCGUCGGUCCCCAGCUCCCCGUCCUGCACACCCAACAACCCCACGAUGCUCGGCGGCGGCGACUCUGAACCCGACCUCAACGCACCCUUGAACAUCAACCUCAAUUCAAGCCUCAACUCCAGCUACUACACAGUCUUUUCCUCCUCCACAGGUACGACGCCGAACUCUCCCUUCUCCAGCCACCCGGAGUCCCCGACCUUCCCGUCCUACUCGGGCUCGUGGAGCGACGAAUGCACCAUUUGCUACGAGAACGAGGUGGACACCGUCCUCUACGCCUGUGGACACAUGUGUCUCUGCUACGCCUGCGGCCUCAAACUCAAGAAGAUGGCCAACGCAUGCUGCCCCAUCUGCAGGAGGACAAUCAAAGAUAUCAUCAAGACCUACCGGAGCACGUAGGCUCGCGGGAAGACAAUGUGUUUCGCCUCGUCAGGUUCAGCUCCAGGUUUUCAAAGCCAUGUCAGACUUUUGUAUAGAUGGAUGCAGCACAAGUGGAAUCCCCACUUGUUUGCGUGUGCAUUCUUGCUCAGGUACUCUCCAACAGGACUUUUAAAAAAUCAGCAUUAAAACAUUAUUUCAAUGUUAUGGCUAAUACACAACCUUGUAAAUCUCACAGUUCCUGCCUAUGGCGUCUCACAGUAAGGACCAAGCAAUGAGGUCAUCUUCAGAAGUGCAGAAGAAACAAGGAGAGGACAUACGUGGUUCCACCAGCUGCUCCUCCGCAUAUUUUGCCAUGCAAUUGGGUCAAAAACUGAGUCAAUUCUGCGAGAUAAGUUUUAUUUGACAUUUCGUGAAUGCUUCCAGAGGGCCAGAAAGGAAUAAGUAAAAAAAUAUAUAUAUAUUUUUGCAAUACGUUUAAAAUAAGCCAUCUUUUAAAAUACUCCUCCUGCAAUUAAACACAAUGCAAUGUCUAAACCUAAAGGGUAAAUAAUGCAUGAACACAUUGUUUUUGUCGGUUGUCUUACUACCUGUUGAAAAUUCAGGCGGGGGUUAGAUUGUGCAACGGGUAAAAAAAAAAAGGUGAGUGUUGUCACCAUAGAAGGACACGCCGGAGGUCAAAUGAGGAUGUAAAUCAGGGAAGAUGGAGCGAGGGAGGAUGUUGUAUGUUUGGGAUGAAGACGAGGGGAGGAAGGUGCACAUUGACAAUGUGUGCUCACUCCAUACAUCAUCACAGGUUUGUAUGAACGCCUGUGUGUGGGGGACUUGCAUGAGUUGCAUGUCGUGCUUCUCGGCGGCCGCAAUGAGUCGGAUGCUGCCAUCGGACAAAAGUCAUUCAAAUAAACAUCGGUGGGCAGAAGUAUUUGUAGAAUCCUGAUGGGAUGAUGAAGAAAUCUCUUCUUCGUCGUUGCAGGAAAACCCAUGAAAUCCCGCUAUAAGUCGCAGACGGCCGGGCUGACUUCAGGUUGCUCACUUCUCUUUCGUGUACAUAGAAAUUAAACAUGAACAUUUGCUUUCUGUGGAUUUCAGCACAAUGUGUCUUCAAGUGGAAAUCACUUGAGCGCCGUCAGUGGCGAGGAUGUAGCGGGCUGUCGGGGGACACGGUGAGACGUUCAUUUUGCAUAUCAGUUUCUGAGUGCUGCUCUUCUUCUGUAAAAGCAAACUCCAAGGACAUUCUCACUCGACUAAGCUCGUGCGUUAUGCGCCGCUUUGAAUUCCAAGCUAUUUUCAGGUGUUAUCUUGGCCUCGCUGAAACAUUACUCUGUGUUAUUAGUCAGUGCUGAUUUGUUUUGGUUUUUUCAAGGUGUUGAAGCUUGUUAUUUUUGCCGUUGUGCUGGAAAAUUAGCAGUUAUGUUGUACAAUAUUUGAGUCGUGUUUUCUUGUGUGCCUUUGAAAAGAGAAGUCUGGAUACACUUUUGGUCCGUUCGGCUCCUCGCUGCAAAAUCCGGGAGGUUCACAUUUAUCUUAUAGUCAUUCUUUGGUGGUCGUAAUGUCUCUGAUGUGAGCGGGUUUAACUACACAACCUACAAAUACGAAGAUUUUACUGUGCUUAAUAUCAGCGUGUGAAUUAAUUCACUGCUAAAGAUGAAAUGUUUGAAUGUCGCCGUGUCCCUUCUGUCACUGCGUUGCAUAAUACUGGAAGUUUGUUGUGCUUGAGAGAUGCUCAACCUUUUACAUUUCUACCUGUUUUAGUUUUUCUUCCUGACCAAAUAUGACCUAACAGAAAUUAAACAUUUGUGGAAGAUUUCUGAUAGAAAAAUAAUAUAGAUGAGUGUAAUAUUAACUGUACAUGAUCAUUUGUAUUUAUUUUGUCAAUACUACUAUCAAUAAUGAUCACAGUUUGUUUAGUGCGUAGGGCUAUAGUUUUCCAAGAAGUAAGAAUAGUGUUUACUUUAUUGUUGCAUAUUAUAGAUUAUAAACCUUACUCCAUCUGAAAUGCUCUGUGGAUCUGUCAAGCUGGUUUUAAUUUAUCGGAAUAGUUUGACAUUUUGGGAAAUCGAUUAUUUACUUUCUAGGAGAGUUAGAUGAUAAUAUCUAUACCACGCUCUAGUAGGCUACUAUCGUAUAACAGUACGCACUACCAAGUAUUUCUACUCAAGAACUGUACCCGAUGAGGUAUGUGUGUUUUCUAUAAUAUAAUUCAAAAUGACGCUACUUUGUACUCUUCAGGAGAAAUGUUGUAAUUUUGACAUUUGGCUGAUAAAAAAUUGCAAUGUUCAAUGUAAUAUUAUAAUUUUAAAGGGACUGCUUUUUUUUUUUUUAAGAUUUUUUUUUUCUUAACAAAAAAAAUAAAUUCUAAAUAUUUGUAGUGAAAUAGCAUUUACAUUUUGUUAUGCUGAAAAUAUUAUUUUACAAAAAGAAAAUGUACAAAUGUAUAACCUUGUAGAAAUCACCACACAAGGAUGAUGGGGGUUUUUUUUUAACAUAAGAUGAAAACAAGGAGAAAAAACAACAACAACAACAAAAGCCACACACAAAAAACACAUUACACAAACUUUUCCCCAUCCCUCCCCUUGUAUGGCUCUCAGUUUCCUUUCAUUUAUACAUCUACACAGUCUCUACACAGUUUACCUACACCCAUCCGUACACAUUAAUAUCUACACAAACCAAUACAGCACUCACAACAAAAUAAAACCAAAAUAAAAAAUAAAUAACCUGCAGCGGACUUAAUUUGACGCCGGUCUCACACCACCACUGCUUUAACUUUUGAUACCUUAAGUGCAUUUGAAAUUUCGGCAUGAGCCACAACUUUGACUUAAAACCCCGUUACUCCUGUCAGGACUGUUGCCAUUGGUUGCACUGUUAGCGCCGUUAGCACUAUUAGCGUUGUUAGCACCAUUAGCACCGUUGCCUGCUCAAUUAAAAAGCUCCCAGUCGGCUCAUUUAAAGACUGCAAACUGGGAAACAGCUCACCAGAUUCUAUCCAACAGUAAAAGAUGUGCCAACCAGCAGCUCUAAAGCUCACGCCGCGGAACCGCUGGAGUCUUCAAACAGUUAUAACUUGUCAGUUCGUGCACGCUAGCUGUGCUAGUGUCUUUGAAAUAGGGGUGUAAAUCAUCUCGAUCCGUUAUGUCUUUGGACAAUGACACGAUGCAAUUGUGAUUUGAUCCAAUUCAGGCGGCCUGCAAUCGAUAUGACACCAUAUCAUACAGCCAUUUAACACAAUCAGUAACAUUGAUAGCAACUCACAAAAAAGCAAAUAAAUUUGAUUUGACAAUUGUAUUACUGUGCUCUGAAGGAAAGAGGUGCGCUUCAAUAGAAAUCGGUGACCCAGAUGUGCCAUAAGGAAUGUCUAGAUAAAGGCGUAUCUCGGAGAUAAUUAUAUUGAUGUUUUCACUUUGCAUUGAUGAUAUUGGAUCACUGAAUCCAUAUAUUGAUCCAGAUAGAUGCAGUGUUCAGUCUUUAUGAGAAGCUAACUGGAUUCUAUCUGUGGCCAGUAUGAGAGUCGUAUGAAUCAUUGCAUCUCAUUCUUCACCAGAAAACAAAAAAAGCGUGUUUUCUAAGAUGUCAAACUUUUCCUUAAAGACCAUAUAGGCAACUGAAUUUUGCUAUUAAAGGGAAUAAAUUGUAUAAAAGGUGGCAUUAGUUAUCAAAUAGUUGGUGAAAAAUAUUCAUUGUUAGGCUAGUUUGUCCUACCUGUGCAUAUUUAAAUUAUAUCUUGGAUUUGUGUUUUCGUGAAGCAGGCAUACGUAGUUUUUCAAAUGUGACCAAAUGUUCGCUGUCCAAACAAAACAAAGCCAGCGAGUAUACUGUGCAUUUUGGAACAAGAAAAUCUGCUCAUAACUUUGGUUUCUUGGCUUGGAAUUUAUAUUAGUUGUUGAAAAACAUUCUUCCGGUGGUUUCAUUAUGUUAAGUUUGAUAAAUAAAGUUUAAAGUCUGAAUCGCUGGCUUUAUUUUGUAUUUAUCUUUCACAUUUUGACCUCAUACAACUGUAUG